AUGGACAAAUUUUCGACACUAGAACCUGUCCGUUUGUACGCUACGUCUGGGUCCGCUGACGCUGCGGUUGGAACUAGAUUAUACCAGAGAAAUAGUCAACGUUUGCCUAAGCAACCUGAUCGUGCCGUAUUUCAACUUAUUGGUCACCUUCCUGUGGAUGUUCACAUUCUUAUCCUUACCCAUCUUGCCAUAUGUGACCUGCCCGCUUACGCUCUUACCUGCAGAGCCUUGGCUACGCUGGUCAAUGAUGCCCGCGUGUGGGAGGCACGCUGGAAUGCGUUUCGCAUCGAGGAGCACAACCUCGAAGACGUCCUGAGCUCUAUCGAGGAGAAGAUGAAGGCUCAAAAUGCAGCUUUGCAGGGACAAGCACCUCCCACCCUAGCCGUUGAUAUUGUCGAUGACGAUUUUGGCGAGUUUGCGGAUGUUGGCGCACAGCCGGGGGAAUUGGGUGAUUUCGUUGGUGUGUUCGAAGGCACAUCCAUAACAAGCCCUCGCUCUCCUGUUUAUACUGCGGUAUCGCUCAAUGCCUCACAUCGGACUCCCUAUAUUCGCGCACAUCGUUUACUGAAGUCAUUUGUACCCGCGCUUUCUGUGGCACCUCAUGCUGUGCUCUCAGCACUCUUCCCCGUUCCUAGUCCCCCACUACGGCAGCAAGCUCACAUUCUACGCCUACUUUCGAUUUUCCUCUCUCCCCGCGUGAAACCUCUGCGAAAAUGGGAAACUCUCAGUGCUUCUUUAAAAGCGGCAAUUGACCGUUUCGAAGAUGGGCUCCUCACUGCAUUCGAUAUCGCGGACAGUCAAGGGAACGAAUCUGAUAUGAAGGAGGCCGCAGAGGCCAGUUGGGAUGUAUGGGACAGACUUAAAGGAGACACCUGGGAAUUGGGACGUUUGUGGGCGGAAAAGAGAGAGAUCUUUUAUGAGCAGAGUAAAUGGAAACCUCUUGAUAACUUUACGGCUGAUGGGAGACUGUUUUUCGACGCCAUGGACAGCUUUAUGAGCGGGGUCAUUGAUGCUCUUAGAGAGCAUGGCCCACGAGCAAUUCGAGUUUUUCCUCCAAAGACCAACGUCCUCCUGACAUUCGCUGACCGUCUAGCAACCGACGUGGUAGGAGAGUAUAUCUCACCUCUACUCACUCGUGCAAGAGAAAUCGGGAAUGAAAUAUUCUUGAAAGCGACUGCCGCCAGCUUCAAUGAGGCUUGGCGAAUGGUCAAUACUGUAGUACAGAUUGCUCAUAGCCGAAGUGAUUCGAACAUAUCAAGAGCGCAAGCAGAGGAUGUUCUAUAUCGAAUGUUCGAACCUAAUAUGGACGAGUAUUUGGAUGAGGAAGUGGAAUUCGUGAAAUUGCGCUUUGAGACGAUCUGUCAGCGCUGGGAAAGUCAGUUAUCGCGGCGGACUUCCACUGGUACCGCAGCGCCAGACCAUGUCCGAUUCCUGGGAUCACAAAAUCCGGCCCAGGUCAAACGCACCGUACUGGCAUCUUUUGCUGACGUUCUACUGUUACCAGUAGCAAUUGUACCUCGGACUUUCGGGAAAGCAGUAGGUGCUGCGUUCACCACUGGUAGUACAGCAGCUGUGCAAGGCAUUUCAAUGUUGAAUCCCCAACGAUGGGGAGGUAAUGGCAUGAACGGGAUAUCGCACUCAUCGCGAGGGUUCGGCCGGUUAGGCGUUCAAGCUGAAGAUGAAAACGAGAAAAGUUGGUACAGCCAAAAAUUCUCCAAGGGUGGCGACGAAACCAUUUUCGAGAUCGGGGAUCUUGAAGCUGACUCGGAGGAUGGCGAAAAGAAUACGCCUUCGGAGCGAUCAUUCGUUCCAUCCACGGUGUCUUCGCCUGCACCUGGAGAUGCGCCCGUGGUGGAUACGCUACCAGCAUCGAACGCUCUGACUACAUCGCCGGAAUACCAACAGCUUGAUCUCUUGUUAUCACUGGACGUGGCUCUUGAGUUAAUUCACGCAGACCGAGAAUCACUUAAACGGGCAGAGACAUUUUCAGAUUAUCCAGGACAGUAUGGGCAUCGUGUACGCGACACGAUCGAGGAGAUUUUUGUGCUCCUCCUACAGACAUUAACUGAUAGACACAUUAGAUCAGGAUUCGAAAGCGCUACACAGCGGAUGAAAUCGUACCGGCCGGCUGAACAUGAGGAGUCUCGCAGCGUGGCGCCCCUACUACAGUUCUUCGAGCUCGUUCAUAUAGGAGAUACCAUUCAGUCCAUGGUUCAGGUUUAUUUCGACAAGGAGCUGGCCCCCCAUAUUGAUCGCACCGAUUUUCUCAACUCGGUCGUCAGGGAGAAAAAGCGCUUCGAAGAUGCCUUGGAUGACUGUGUCGCUGCUGGCCUCAACGCUGGAACGGAUGCGUUAAUGAAUCAAAUAGAGCAUAUUAUUGUAAAAUUGACCAAACUGCGCGAAUAUUAUCCGCCUGAAGAUGCUCCUAUGGAACUCGGUCCUACACAAGGCUGUAUGGAAGUCAUUCAAUGUUUGAAGAUGCAUUGUCAGCUUCUGAAGGGCAGUACGAGCAAGGAAGUUCUUGAAGUCUUCUAUCAAGAGAUUGGAAUUCGUCUUAUAGCCAUCUUGCAGAAACACCUGAAGAGACAGAUUAUUUCACUCAAUGGAGGGUUUCAGGUUAUCGCAGACCUGAACGCAUAUCACUCAUUUAUAUCGACGUUGAAAGUCAGCAACAUUACAGCCGAAUUUUCGUACCUCAAGAUGCUGGGUCAUGUAUUUAUUGUGGAGGAUGCUAAAGAUCUCGCACAGAUUGUGCGGGAUGUUACGCGGUACGGUGGGGCGUACAGGCCGGAGGAUGUCUACGAGUUCAUACAGAGGAGAGCAGAUUGGAAGAAGAUAGAGAAAACUGUUGAUAAGACUAUGUAUAAUUUGAGUUUCAAGGACGAUUGCACAGUUUGUUAA